CAGUGAAAGUUUGAGGACCGUGGCUGAUUCCAGGCGCCUCCUCUCGGCUUUUAUUCGCGCUGCUCUUAUCAAUGCGGCGUCUUGAAGGUCCAAAAGUCCGAGAGCUCAGUCACUUUUAGAAGCGCUGAGGGGCCAAUUACACAACUUUAUCCGUCCUCUGCAGUGUGAGGUUACCGGUCUGACGGCGGUCGCUGUGCAGCGCUGAGCGUUUCUUUUUUAAACUCCACCGACUCUUUGGACAGGACUGUUGUAACAUGUCAGCCACGCGCGUGCAGCUGCUGUCACCCAGAAGCCUCCGGCUUUUCAGCCCGGGGAGAACCGCGCAUGGGGAUGGCGGUGGUCCCAGGUUCCGCUCACUCACCUCCCCCUCAUCUUCUCUCGGCAGAGCCUUGUCCAGUUUGAGUUCUACGCGACGCGGACUCCCCAAAGAAAAAAUGUCCGAGAACGGGAUGAUGUCCCGACCCAAAGUGCUGACCAUCGACACCAUCAACCCCACCGUGAAGAAGGUGGAGUACGCCGUCCGGGGGCCCAUCGUGCAGCGAGCCGUGGAGCUGGAGAGGGAGCUCAGUGAGGGAAUGAAGAAGCCCUUCGCUGAGGUCAUCAAGGCAAACAUUGGUGACGCACAUGCCAUGGGCCAGCAGCCAAUCACUUUUUUCCGACAGGUGUUGGCACUGUGCUCGUAUCCGGAGCUGCUGAGCGACAGCUCAUUCCCAGAGGAUGCUAAAAGCAGAGCAUGUCGUAUUCUGAACUCCUGUGGAGGAAACAGUAUGGGUGCCUACAGUGCCAGUCAGGGCAUAGACUCUGUACGUCAGGAUGUGGCUCGUUACAUCGAGAGGCGCGACGGCGGCGUGCCCUGUGAUCCAGACAACAUUUACCUCACCACUGGGGCCAGCGACGGCAUUGUGACCAUGCUGAAGCUGCUGGUUUGUGGCGAAGGUGCGACGCGCACAGGCGUAAUGAUCUCCAUACCUCAGUACCCCCUGUACUCGGCCGCACUCGCUGAACUCGGUGCUGUUCAAAUCAACUAUUACCUUAAUGAGGAAAAGUGCUGGAGUCUGGAUAUCGAUGAGCUCCAACGAGCUUUGAAUGAGGCUAGACUCUACUGCAACCCCAGAGCCCUGUGCAUCAUCAACCCUGGAAACCCCACAGGUCAGGUGCAGACCAGGGAGUGCAUAGAGGAUGUGAUCCGGUUUGCUGCCAAAGAGCGUCUGUUCCUCAUGGCUGAUGAGGUGUACCAGGAUAACGUGUAUGCUGAGGGUUGCCAGUUCCACUCCUUUAAGAAGGUUCUGUUUGAGAUGGGACCAGAGUACUCUGAAACAGUAGAACUGGCCUCGUUCCACUCCACCUCCAAGUGUUACAUGGGAGAGUGUGGCUUCCGUGGAGGGUACAUGGAGAUCAUAAACAUGGACGAUGAUGUAAAAGCCCAGCUGACCAAGCUGCUGUCGGUCCGUCUGUGUUCACCUGUUCCUGGGCAAGCUCUAAUGGACCUGGUAGUCAACCCACCUCAGCCUGGGGAACCUUCAUAUGAGCGCUUUAUUAAGGAACGCACAGCCACAUUAAGUGCCUUAGCAGAGAAGGCCAAACUCACCGAGCAGGUCCUCAAUACUGUGGACGGCAUCAGCUGCAAUCCUGUACAGGGAGCCAUGUACUCCUUUCCUAGGAUAACCAUACCUGAGAAGGCCAUUCAGGAGGCCAAGAAACUUGGUCAGCAGCCGGAUAUGUUUUACUGCAUGAAGAUGCUGGAAGAGACGGGAAUUUGCCUCGUUCCAGGAAGUGGCUUUGGCCAAAAGGAGGGAACGUACCACUUCAGAAUGACCAUCUUGCCACCAACAGAUAAGCUGAAGAUCCUGCUGAACAGCGUAAAGGAGUUCCACCAGAGGUUCACCCAGCAGUAUUCUUAAAUUAAUAAUGCCAACUACACUAAAAAGUCUAAGCCAAUCAGAAUAGAUCUGCAAUAGAAGUGCCUUUCCUACAUUGUCUCCUCUGUUGAUCCCUGUGACAAAGCACUUAUAGCCACGCACAUUUGGACUUUAAUGGAGCCAGUGUCAAAAAGGACUGGAAGAAAAUAAAAAUGUAACUGAAGUUCAAAAAUUGACAGCCCUAUGUUAGUCUUGGUGCACAAAGUGCAGCUACCUGUAAUGUCUGUGAUGUUUAAUUUUGAAAGAUUGUAAAUACUUCCUGUGGGCAACAGGACGGCUAGUAACUUUUAAUGUGAAACUGAAAAAAGGCGGUACAGCUUAAGAAAAAGGUAAGCCAGCUUAUAAACUUGAGAAAAUGUUUAACCGAAUGAAAUGCGCCAUUCCUGCAGACUUAAGAUGAUAGCAAGAACAUACUCCAUGUCUCACAUGCAUGAUGUUUCAAUAGGCAUUAAUUUUAUAGAGUAAGGGAUGUAACAUGUUUUAUGAGUUUAUGAACUUAAUUGAGAUUUUUUUUGAGUUUUAAUUAGAUUUUUGGGCUUACGUUGUUUUAUUGUUUACUAUAUUGAAAGUUUAUUUUUUAAUCUUCCGGAUUCAAAUGGAGAAGGGUUGCAAUGUUUACUUGAUUUUGCCCAAUCUUGAAGCCUGUUAUACUAAAUAUUUUUUUUACUUGAUUUUAUUUUCCUCAUUGAUUUAAAUAACAGCAUGUGUAUCAUCUCACCUUCCCUUUUUUUAAUUUUAGUUUACUGAGCCGAAGGAGAACGAUGACCAGUUCAACAGUUAACAUGAUUUUGUUCUAAAAGAACAGUAACUCCCUUUUCUUUCUUUUUUUAAUUUAUUUUUCCCUAUAAAGCAAAGAACCUUGGCAUAAUGAUGCAGGCCGGAGAGGUACUGCUUCAGCCUGAUUUGGAUCAGAGGUUGUUGAGUUUCUCUAACAAACUCUUGAUUAAAAUUGCUGCACAACUGGGAUUAAAGAAGCACUUCACCGACUAAGACUCCAAUUUCAUCUCCUCCUGUUAGGAAGUGAAAGCGGUCUUCUUUCACAGAAAAAAAAAAAUGAAUUACUUGUUUAAUUAUUCCACUCUCACCCACCAUGUAGUUUAUGCCUCUUUUUUUUUUGCCUCUUUUUUUUUUUUUAAACAGUUGUUCAAAAGUCGAAAUGUAAUUUAAGCAUUUUUUUAUUUUCUUGUAAAGUUUUUUGCCCGAUCUUUUCUUCUGAUUUGAUAUAACAGUGACUAACAAUUGUUCAGCAUUGUGUUUAGAUUGGCUUAAUGGGGAGUCUUUUUUUUUUUUUAAAUAAAAACUCAACAUUUCCAAAGCUAUUACAGUUUAGUCUGCUUUUCACUAUUGCAUUGACCAAGUUAAUAAUAUAAUUCCUGUUAAGAAGUAAUUUUGCAGCCAGGUCUUGUAUUCUCCAGCUUUGUUCAGGCCUCUAAGGUAAAAAUCUUUAGGAUUGUAUAGAUCUGAACAUAACUGAACUGUGACUUGUUUAUUCCCAGACAUGCAUAGACAAGUUUUAGGUUUUUUUUCACAUAACACCCUUCAGUAAAAAUGUAGUAGUUAUAGAAGAUAACAAAACUAAAUUUGUUAAGCAUGACCUGUUUAAAAUGGAAAAGCAACUAUUAUUCUCUACUUCUAAGGGGGCAUUUUAACAAAUGUACUAAUUCUGCUCCUUUUAGGCAGGUGUUUGUACUUGUGAAAAUGCUGCAACAAUACAUUAUAUUAUCUGAAACCAGGGAUGUACAAUAUUAUCGGCGUAAUAUCUGUUUUGAUUACAUAGGGAUGUUUUUUGUGACAAUGAAGCAAGUAUUAUGCCUAAACAGGAGAAAUCUUAAAGUUAAGUGUCGGUGGUGAGUUUUUAAACUGAAACCGAUAACAA